AUGCAAGUUUCUCGCUCAUAGCUCCUUUUUAUCCGCUUGAAGUAAAAGAGAAAAACAUCGAUGAAAGCUACUUCAUAGAAUUGGCAGAUCAACUGGAAUGAUACUUGGAGUAUUGUUAAUUGUUCUCUAAAAUAUGUGCAUGAUAAGACCAGUUUCGUAGUAUUUUCAUUUAUUUGGAAAUUUAUUUGCGGUCUUGGUGCAGGAAUAAAUUCAACCUCUUCCAUGGCUAUAGUCUCAAGGCAUUAUAAAGAUUAAAGAGAGAGAACAAUAGGAAUGAUGGAAGCUUCUUCCGGGAUAGGACUUCUACUCGGCCCUUUUUUCGGUGCUAUUCUCUAUUAAAUUGGAGGCUAUACUUUACCAUUCUUUGCAACUUCUUAUACUCUUGCUUAGAUUAGUGAAGCUGAAAAGAAAAAGAAAUCACAGGAAGAGCAUUAAGUUCAAAAUCCUGAAGCUCAAUUAUAGGCUGAAAAGGUUUUAACCACAGGGGAUGUGAUAAGAAUUCCAAGAUUUGCUAUGGGACUAAUAUCACAAAUUCUGGUCUAUUCUGCCAUCACAUUCUUGCAACCAAUUUUAGCUCUACAUUUAGAAAAAUUCGGCUAUAAUGCAGUAUAUAUCGGCUUUAGCUUUGCAAUUCCAACUUUAAUUUAUGCAUCAACAAGCCCACUUAUUUAUGUAAUGACUUCCAAAAUGAGAAAGUCUGGUGUAAUCUUUAUUGGCUAUUUAAUUCUAUCAACUGGAAUGUUCCUUGUGGGCCCCUCAAAAAUUUUAGGAUUAUAUAACUCCCCUGCUUUUAUAAUCUUAGGCCUAGCAAUCGUAGGAUUCGGUUGUGGUAUGAUUAUUAUUCCAAUCCUACCAGAUAUGAUUGAAUCAGCUGAAGAAAGAUUUACUGCAAUUAAUGAGGAUGAAUUAAGCAACAAUGUCAGUGGUUUAUUUAUUGCUUCUUAAGGUAUAGGUGAAAGCUUAGGCCCCGUUCUAGGAUCCUUAUUUGAAGAUCUUUAUGGUUUUAGAACAGCAUAGGAUAUUAUGGCAAUUACAAUCUUCUCAUUCAUGAUAAUUUAUUUCUUAGUAUGUGGAAGAUUUGAGAUAUUCAGGGAAAAUCCACCAUAAAGUUUAUCUGAUUAGGAUCAAUUAAAGAUCAAAUAAAUCUAGGAGGAAGAUAACAAAACAUAUAACUCUUAGUCUUAAAGUAAAUUAAUGAAGUUUAUAUUAUAGAAGCUAAUGACAAGUCUGAUCUUAGUCGAAGUCAAUCAUUGA